CUGUUAUCUCUCCCUCUCUCUCUCUCUCUCUGUUAUCUCUCUCUCUCUCUCUCUCUCUCUCUCUCUCUCUCUCUCUCUCUCUCUCUCUCUCUCUCGAUUCACUAUAUCUUCCUUGAAAAUUUCACUAUAUAGGAAGGGACGGUUGAUUUGAUUCACGGUGCAUCUCAAUGUCUGUAAUUUUCUUGAGUUGUUUCUAGGGUUUUACAGAAAAUCAGCUGAUACAACGAGAGAUGAUGGAUGCCAGAAGACCUCAUUUUAUCAAGGGUUUUAACCCUAACAUAAGCUUCGAUAAACUGAAAAUACCUUCAAAAUUUGGGAAACAUUUGGAAGGGAAAACAUGUGGAACAGUUUCAUUGAUGGGUCCCAGUGGGAACACAUGGCAUGCUGACUUGGCACAGCAAAGUGAUGGUUUGUUUAUCUUGGAUGGAUGGGCAGCUUUUGUGAGAGAUCACUUCUUAGAAAAUGGCGACUCUUUAGUUUUCAGAUAUGAUGGUAAUUUGCAUUUCACAGUUCAAAUCUUUGAUCAAAGUUCUUGUGAGAAAGAGACUGCAUUUUCAGCUGAAUGCCAUCAAGAUUUAAGCAUCUUUGAUCAACAUUUUGGUAAAAAAAGGGAAAGGGAAUAUGCAUCUUUGUUGUCAAAUAUGGUUGAUGGAGUCCCAAAGAAACCAAGAAGCUCUCAAUCACACAAUGAACCCACAAACAUAUCUGAACAACAAACCAUGGAUGGAGUUGCAGACUUUUUGAAUGGUUCAGAGUUUUGUGGAAGUGGCUUAAAGAAUUCCAUCACUCCUGCUUUACCUGUAUCAGCUGUACGUCCUAACGAAGAAGAGUUAGGAAGAAUAUCAGCUUCAGAAGCAGAAAAGAUUGCUCAAACUUUCAAUUCAAGUUUCCCUCAUUUUUCCCAAGUUAUGAAAAAAUUCAACAUAAGUGGCUCAUAUACUUUGAAUGUUCCAUAUCAGUUUGCUAUGGCGUAUCUUCCAAACUGCAAAGUAAAGAUUGUUCUUCAAAACUUAAAAGGAGAAUCUUGGAUUGUUAAUUCGAUUCCAACAACAAGAGUUCAAACUUCACAUACAUUCUGUGGUGGGUGGUUGAAUUUUGUUCGUGGGAACAACAUAAAUGUGAGAGAUGUGUGCAUAUUUGAACUUGUGGGAAACUGUGAAAUGCGUGUGAAUAUUCUUAGAGUUAGACAAGAAGCAGUAGAGUAUGAAGAACAACAACAACAACAGGGUAGUAGUGAUGUUAAGGCAUUGACUCAUAAAACUUCCGGAAAGUUGGCAAAGAAAGCGAAAGGAAAAUCACGCAAAACACAGAAGCUUUCCAUGAUGGAAGGUCAGAAGGUUGCCUUCUCCAUUGAAAAGGUGAAACUUGGUAUUGCUGCUAAAGGGUCUGUUGUUGGGUCCCAAUCGAAAACUACAACAAAUGGAAAACCAGGGAAAGAAAGAGUGUUACAAGAAAAAAGGGGUUCUUCAAUGACGGGGUGUAUGUCAAUGAAGUCAGCACCUGAGGAAAAAAUGGCUGCUGAAUCUUUUGUUUCUAGUUUUCCUUAUUUUGUUAGAGUCAUGAAAAAGUUCAAUGUCAGUGGAUCAUACACUCUGAAAGUUCCGUAUCAGUUUUCAAUGGAACACCUACCUAGCUGCAGAACAGAGAUAGUUCUUCAGAAUCUGAAAGGGGAAUGCUGGACAGUGAAUUCAAUUCCAACACUGAAAGUGGAGACAAUGCAUACACUGCAUACAUUUUGUGGAGGAUGGAUGGGAUUUGUGCGUGAGAAUGGGAUUCAAAUGGGAGAUAUUUGUAUUUUUGAGCUUGUUGGAAGCUGUGAAAUGCGUGUCCACAUAUCAAGUCUUGGAAAUCAGUUAACUGCAACUGCAACUGGACCUUCAAAUCAGUUAGGCACUUAGUUCAUAAUCAGGUUGGAGUAUUUUUUUUUUAUUAAUGGAGAUGUUGCUGAUCUAUCUGAGGUGAUGUGAGUGUGAUUGAUGUCCGUAUAUAAUAUGAGAGUUAAAUUAGGAAAGACUUAUCUCAUGAUGUAUGGGCAUCAUAUCAUAUAUGUUUUGUGUCUUUUUGUAUCAUGUUUCGUAACAAAGAACGUUAUGGUUAUAUUAGAGUCAUGAAAUUGCUUCAUGUUAACCUGGAUUUUGUAUAUAAAUGGUAAUCUUUAGUUUCCUUUGCUGGGUCAUUAAAUUGCACUUUGCUGGAAUAAAGAAAAUUGAUUUAGUGACA